GGACAGUGCGCCCUGACCCGCGGUACGGGCUGAACUUUAGAUUACGGUUGGUUUUUGUAACCCUCGGUUAUAUACUUAUUCGUCGCAUGGACAGUCUGUCGUUUUAAAACGAUGAAUGAAAGUAUACAUCUACGCGCGCGAAAAUUAACUAAAACGAUUCGUAACGUUGAUUGGACGUAACCGUAAUGAAUUAUUUACGAGCUAUCGUCCCUACGAGAAACAUUUAAUUAAAGAUAUACAUAUGUAUAUAUAUAUAUAUAUACAUACAUAUAACAAAGCCGUAAGAUCGAGAACGUCGAGAAUUAAAAAAAUUACUUUUUGAUUAUAUCGUCGAAUUUGUGAUGUGAUUAUGUUGAAUGUGACAUCAUAUAAUUAAAGCAUGCGUAUGACUCUGAUGUGAACAGAAAAAAAAGAAAAGUUUAUUAGAAGGUAGAAGAAGAAAGACGAGGAAAGAAACGGAAGAAGAAAAAGAAGAAAAAAAAAACCAAGAAAAAACAAGUUUGCCAACGAUCAUUCCGACGAACCAAUGAGAAUCUCCGUGAGAUCGUACGAGGUGGCUCUAAGGGCCAAAAAAAGAAAAUCUCGUCUUAUCAAGAAUCCACGAGAAAGACUCGCGAGGAAUCGUAAAAUUUCUGAAAGAUGAAAUAACGUAACGUUCCAAAGAAUUUAAUGAAAAAAAUCGAAUACAUAUAUAUAUAUAUAUACGAUAUAUACAUAUAUAUAUAUAUAUAUGUAUGUAUAUACACACAGACACACCUAACCACACACACACGUUCAUAUAUAUAUACACAGAUAGAAAGAUAAAAAAAAAAUCAAGUAUCAAAAAGAAGAAGAAGGAAAGAAAAAAGAAAAAAAAGAGUAGAGUGAACGUCAACAUUGAUUCGAUUUAAUUAUCUUGAAUGAUAUAUAAUACUGAUGGAUCGCAAUAGAAAAUACUCUAUAAAAACUAAAGGAACGAGGAAUGUCAUUAUAAUUGUUAUUAGACGUUCGGGAUGUUGAACGUAAUGGCGGCGGCGGCCGUAACAAUGACUAUACCAUGUAGGGUCGAUCCGACUACGGCAACUACAGGAAGUAAUGGAAGUACGACCACUGGUACCGGUGGUAGUAACAACGUAACCACUGUACCGGUUGAAAAUCCAACUGUAGAAAAUCUACCGGAUAACGUUAAUGUAUUUGUUGUUGUUAUCAAGGGCAUAAUAAUGGGAAGUAUUAUAACUACUGCAGUUCUUGGAAAUGCAUUGGUAAUAGCUAGUGUUAGAAGGCAUCGUAGAUUACGAGUUGUAACUAAUUGUUACGUCGUUAGCUUGGCUGCGGCCGAUUUAUUAGUGGCAAUCUGCGCAAUGACAUUUAACGCCUCUGUCGAAUUAUCAGGCGGCAGAUGGUUAUUCGGACGUUUCAUGUGCGACGUAUGGAACUCACUUGAUGUUUAUUUCUCGACUGCCUCGAUCCUACAUCUUUGUUGCAUCAGCGUUGACAGAUAUUAUGCGAUCGUUAGUCCACUCGAAUAUUCUGUCAUAAUGAGACAAGGUACAGUUGGAUGUAUGCUUGGAAGUGCAUGGAUUCUACCAGCUCUUAUCAGUUUCAUACCAAUCUUUAUGGGCUGGUACACUACUAAAGAACAUCUUGAAUUCAUGGUUAAUAAUCCUGAGGUCUGCGCGUUCAUAGUGAAUCGUCCGUACGCCGUUAUAAGUUCCUGCGUGUCCUUUUGGAUACCAGGUCUGGUGAUGAUAGUGAUGUACUGCAAGAUUUACAAGGAGGCGGUGAGACAACGUAAAGCCUUGAGCAGAACAUCGAGCAACAUCGUUUUGAACAGCGUACACCAUCAUAGAUCGUCAACGAGACAACACCAUCAUCAGCAGAUGCUAUUGCAGGCUGCCGCCGAUACCGGUGAGCUAGUUCUUCACACCGCACAUUGCAAGAUGCCCAACACCAAGCUCCACCCCAUUAACGGUACCUCAAUGAGACAGCAAAGUAAAAGCUGGAGAGCCGAGCACAAAGCAGCGAGGACACUUGGAAUUAUCAUGGGUGCAUUUCUUCUCUGCUGGUUGCCAUUUUUCCUUUGGUACCUAACGACGACACUUUGCGGAGAGGCCUGUUAUUGUCCGGACACCGUCGUAUCUGUUUUAUUCUGGAUAGGUUAUUUCAACAGUGCCCUGAAUCCGUUGAUCUACGCCUACUUCAACCGUGACUUUCGCGAGGCCUUCAAGGACACCUUGAAGAGCGCUCUACCCUGUUGCGCCGGAUGUUGGAAAACACCGUCUGAGUUCGUCUAGCGCGAGAGAUCAACAUAAACGGGGCUCAAAUACAUACAUACAUACAUAUAUAUAUAUAUAUAUAUAUAUAUAUAUAUAUAUAUAUAUAUUCAAAAUUUCUUCUUCUCGAUUCUUUCCUUCUUUAUUUUCUCUUUAUUUCAUUAUUUCUUUCUCCUCAUUUUUUCGAAUGUUUUUUGAUUAAAUAAAACGAAUCAAUGUGAAAGAAUUAUAUUACAGAUCAGAAUUAAUAUCUUGCAAUAUGCAAUAUGUGGCCACUGACAUCUCGUUUAGUUGAAUAAAAAAAAAGAAAAGAAACAAUCGGUGUCAGAAUAUUUUAUCCGAUAUAUAUACUACGAUAAUAAAUGACAAUUAUUUUACAUUGUACAAUAUUUGCCUUGUUAAUAUUUAUGUACAUUUUGUCCUUUCUUCUUUUUUUUUUUCUUUAAAGAUCAACUUCGUUAAAAAUCGAACGUGGAUAGGCAAUGAAAUAUGAGGAAGAUGAGAAAUAAAAUGAAUGAGAAAAUAAAUAAACAAAUAAGGAAAUAUGAACGUUCUUUUAUUACAUUAUGAUCGACGAAGAAGAAGAGCCCCUGGACUUAUUGUUAGUGAUUUCUCGAUAUAAAGAAGAAAAAAUUAAAGGAAAACAGAACGAAAGAAAAUGAUGUGAUUUAUUGAUGCUUCCGGUUAAAAAAGAAGAUAAAUUCUACGGUUGGAUCACCAAAUACAGCAUAAGUCGUGGGAAAACGCAAGAGAGAGAGAGAGAGAGAGAGAGA